AUGAAACGAAGAAUGUCAUCGAGAGCCGCCACUACGAAGGCUCGAAUCUUCAUGGCAUGUUGUACAUCCAUCAUGGUUUUGGUAUCCAGUAUCUAUAGCAUGACCUUUGUCUUUACAAAAUCAAUAGUGAAGGAAAUGAUUCUCGAUCGUAAGGAUAUCAACCUGGACCUGAAUCUUCGGUCCAGCAGUAAGAACCUGAUACUAGAUUUUGAUAUGCCCACUGGUUUGGAACUAGCCGAUAGAGACGAAGAUGAUCCUUUGAUUACACAUAGUAGUAGUAAUCUCAGGAAAGCACUCGAGAAAAGCAAGAACCUUCGAAAAGCCGAGGAGCGUACUAACGAGAAUCCCGCUGACAAAAAGAGCAAAGACAAGAGCCAAAAGAACAAGGAUAAAUUGAAACUUGGAAACAAGAAAAAGGAGCAGGUAUGGAUAGAGGAAAGCAACGACAUUGGUGAAAUCAAUAGCUCUGGCGACAUCAUGAACGAUACGACAGUUAUCGUAACGACGAACUGGAUGCCAAGCCUCCCUUCUACAGAUCAAUUGGACAAAGUUAUCGACUCCUUGUCACGCGUCCAUGGCCUUCCCCAGGAUGCUCCAAUGAUCAUUGCUGUGGAUGGUGCCUACGAAAAUGGCGCUCGCUAUGAAAGUCCCAUGAAUGUUGAUAAUCGUGCCUAUGUCAAAGCCAUCAAGGCCAAAUACGACAAACCUCACGUCACUAUUAUGGCUGCGGAUACGAAAAUCAUGCUGACCGGUAAUAUGAAGCGAGCACUUCGAAAGGUUCACACGCAAUACGUCCUUGUGCUGCAACAUGACCUUCCCUUUAUCAAUGAAGUCAACCAUACCGCUUUGGUCGACACUAUGGAAACACAUCCAGAAGUCCGUCUCGUACGAUUCCCCACCGCACGGGUACUGACAAGAGCCCGCGAUGGAGGUGUGUGCGAUGAGGACGAGGUGGAUUUUGAAUCGGAGAAUGGAAUCCAACUGACCAAGACGCACGUGUGGAGUGACAGAAACCACUUGACACGAAAAUCCUACUACGCCGAGAUGUUCCAGCUUCCUGGAUGGAGUGGUGUUCGAAACAUGGAAUUCCACAUGGAGAGCUUUGGAAAGAAGGACUGCAAACACUGGGGAACCUACCUCUUUGGACCACGGGGUGGCCAUCCAACAAUAUUUCACUUGGACGGCCGAGGAGGCGGCAAACACAUGACGAGUACGAAACGAGUCUUUGGAAACUUGAGUGGCCUUCUGGAAUGA